AAAAGAUCCUUAAUAAUGUUAAUCAGCACUUCAGGAAGCACUUAUGCAACUAUAUUAGAUUCUUUUGUGUCGGUCACGUCGCACCACCGGGACCCCGAAAAUAAAAAAAAAAUUAAUAAAAAUGGCGGGAUGGCGUCAAAGUGUCUCAAAAGCGUUCGUCGUACCCCAAAGGUACGUGCUCGGCAUCAUGGGAUUUUUGGCGAUCGUCAACUCGUACACGAUGAGGGUCUCCAUAUCGGUGGCGAUCACGGAAAUGGUUCCGGCCACCAAAAAUGUCGUCACCGACCCCGACAAGUUGUACGAUUGGGACUCGGCCACCCAGGGGUUGAUCCUCAGCGCGUUCUAUUGGGGCUACGCCGGUACCCAACUGCUCGGCGGUUAUUUAUCGGAAAAGUACGGCGGAAAGUACACGUUGGGCCUAGGGCUGCUCGUAUCCGCCCUAUUUACUUUGGUCACCCCCUGGGUACUUUAUGCUACCGGCGGGAGCGCUGCCACCUUGAUUUUCAUGAGGGUGGUAGAAGGAUUGGGUGAGGGUACCACGUAUCCGGCCCUUAAUGCUUUGUUGGCCAGCUGGGUGCCGUCGAACGAACGGGGAAAAAUUGGCGCCCUUAUUUAUGCCGGGAAUCAGAUGGGUACCAUAAUUAGUAACCUGAUAAGCGGCUCAAUAAUCACCUCAACCAAAGACUGGUCCUCGGUGUUUUACUUGUUCGGCGCCACCGGCCUCGUUUGGUACGUCCUUUGGCAGCUGUUGUGCUACUCAGAUCCCGACAGUCAUCCCUUCAUAUCCGACAAGGAGAGGGAGUUCCUGAAAAGGGAAGUGGUGAGUCCGACCAGUUUAAAAAAGAAACACAUCCCCUGGGGGGCCAUUUGCACCAACAUGCCGGUCGUCGCGUUGGUGUUCGCCCAAGUGGGGCACGACUGGGGCUUUUACAUGAUGACCACCGAUCUGCCCAAAUACAUGAAGGGCGUGUUGGGGUAUAACGUGCAAAAAAAUGGGCAAAUGUCAAGCGUCCCUUAUAUUGCCAUGUAUAUCGUCUCUAUGGGGUCGGGCUGGUUGUGCGACUGGAUCAUUAAGAAGAACUACAUUUCAGUUACUAACGCCCGAAAGCUUUUCACCACUAUCGCCUCAGUGGGGCCAGCGAUCUUUCUAGUACUGGCCUCAUAUUCUGGCCAAAAUGGGGCUUUAGCAGUGACCAUGUUCAGCAUAGCGAUGGGGUUCAUGGGCGCCUUUUACUGCGGAAUGAAGAUCAACGCGUUAGAUUUGUCCCCGAAUUACGCCGCCACCGUUAUGGGGAUUGAGAAUACUGCCGGGGCCGUCACUGGUAUUAUCACUCCUUAUUUGGCCGGGGUCUUAACCCCGCAUGAAAGUCUGACGGAGUGGCGGGAAGUGUUCUGGAUCGCCUUCGGCGUAUUCUUCGCGACGAAUAUUUUUUAUUUGAUCUUCGCUAGCGGCGAGGUGCAAGAGUUCAACAGGAACGAGGAGCGUUACAACGACGGGAGCAAGACAGACGGGGGAUGUUAGAGGAAAACCAGCGUUUGCUUAUAAUCUUAUCGUAUAAUUUAUAAAUAAAAUAAUAAAUUCUUUCUUAUCCUAA